AAUAAAAUGUUUAACGUCCCAUGUGGUCUUUAACUGGAAUUAAGAUUUUUUUGUAUCAAAUAUUAUAUUCAUACGUGGUUGAUGUCGGUUGUCGGAUUUAAAAAUAAUUUACUUCAAUUGGCACGUACAAAGAAAACAUAAAAUGCGUUCGUCUGCGCAUGCGCCGACGCCCGCCCAAACAAAUCGUGUACGCAUUCGUUUUUCAGACGUCGUACGAUACAGUAUCUUUCAAGAAAAUAAUAUUAUUAAGGAGAAUUUAAACAUAUUUUUUUGUUAUAAACUUUCUAAUUGCAUCAAUUGUGUGAAGUGAAAAUAAUUAAACAACUAUUGUAAGUUUAAAUUUCAAAUCAUGGGUAUGAUUUCGCGCGUUCGAGGCCGCAUAAGGAGUGACUCUUUCUCGAAGAUUCAUACGAUGAAAUCGGAAGAUAAAAUCGCUAAUAUUGUGUGGCUGCUAUCUGUGGUCCUGUUGCUGCCGUAUUGGGCACCAAGAGGUCUUUUCGUUGCGUUGGGAGGCGCGUGGCUAAUGGCCGCAUACACAUGUCUUGUAGUACCAGUACUAAUAUCCGCAAACUACAGAUACCCUGCGAGAUGGUACCCCGCUGUGGCGAAGCUAGCACAAGAAGUAGCUCGUAGACUACGUGCCCCCAGUGCAUGUUUGCUGGGCGUAUUGCAGACUGCGUAUGCACCGAUCGAGCGCGCUGAACGUCUGUUCCUGCAGAUGAACAACUUGUCCACUAUGAUAUGCCAGUUAUUGGUGUUCACCGCCUGCGAUAAGUUGUUGGUGUCCCAGGGCCGACUGACCUGCCUCUACUCUCUCAUGUUCUACAAUGUCAUCACCUAUUCCGUCAGCUACGUGCGCGAGAUCUGCACCAAGGAGGACUGGUCGCCCUAUGUCAAUGUCACACGCCACUCUCGCGUCAAGCACCUCGCCAUGUCCGCCACGAAGAUUGUUCUGGAGUGGACCAAAGCCGUAACAUUCAUUGUCACAAUCACGUUUAUCCUCCUUACUUUAGGUCUAGAACAAGGAUUGGAACACUUUCGACCCACGGCUCUAUACACGGCUAUAACUGGUACAUAUUAUUUGUUGACUGAGAGAACUUUCCUGGAACUAUGGCCUAUUGCUUUAUCAGCUAUGAAACUGGAGAAAUUGGAGGGUAUGGAGGCAUUAUAUUGUGGAGUUUGGGCUCGAGGUGUGACCACAGCAUUGGCUUUGCCAUUGGUGCCAGCGCUGGCGUGGUGCGAGCGAUGGCGAUUGUCUAUUCUCGUUCUGUACGUGUGUGUAUUUAUGCACGGAAGGCAUAGAUUAGGAGAGGCUUUGGUGAAAAUGAACGAGGCGUGUGAUUCUUUGGCGAAGUUCCGACGGGCGACACCCGAGGAACUGUCGACCCUGGAGGACGUGUGUGCCGUUUGUUUGGGUAGCAUGAAGUCGGCUCGUGUGACGCCGUGCGCGCACUAUUUCCACGCAGACUGUCUGCGCAGGUGCCUCGCUACAUCCGACAGAUGUCCCAUUUGUGUGAGGCCGUAUGUCUUCUGCUGAUCACCUCGCGGAACUGUUGAGAAGAAGACUGGCUUUGUAAAGUUUGAAAUCGAUGUUGUACUGAUAUUUUCCAAAAUGUUUCGAACGAAUAUUGAAUGUAUUAAAAUUAAUUGUUGUGAUUUAGGUUAA